UUAUACCUGACAAGAAGGUGAGACGCAAGUGCGAAAAGUUGAUGUGAAGAACGAGACGUGGUCAAUGGCGUGUGAUCUGAUCACUCUGUGCUUGCCCACACUAUCCUGUCGGAUGCUGCUGUUCGUGGAGUUUUUGUUAGUUGUGGUAGGAUUUUGUGUUAACAGCGGGACAGAUGCAUCUUCCCAUCAAACAUCUCAUCUCUCUGGUUAUGAAGUCAUAAUUCCUGAACUUAUAGGUGAUCGACAGAAACAAAAUGUUGACCAGGGACAAUGGAUGGAUCAUGUAUCAUAUUCAAUUAAUUUGGAUGGUGAAAAGUAUAUAUUAAAACUUGAAAAGAACAAGAAACUGCUUGGUAAGGAUUUUGUGCAAUAUACAUAUGGUAAAGUUGGCAAAAUGAAGUCAUCUCAACCCAAGAUUAAGGUCCACUGUUACUACCAUGGAAUUGUGGAGGGUAUUACUAAUUCAAAGGUUUUGCUCAGCACGUGUGUUGGUAUAAGGGGAAUUAUUUCUAUUCUUGAGAAAAGUUAUAUAAUUGAACCCUUGAAUGGUUCAUCCACAUUUGAGCACUUGAUCUACCGAAUGGAAGACCUGGAGGUCGAAACCUCUGUGUGCGGUGUACCUCACCAUGACAGACCUGCGAAUCACACCCAUCAUCACUUGAACCAUGGGAGAAUACUACAGAAUCUAAGGGUAAAAAGAACCCAUUCGGCAAAAAACAAUUAUGUGGAGUUGGUUUUGGUUGUUGAUAAUGACAAAUACAAUCUUCACAACAGAAAUGAAACUAUAAUUCAGAAUCAAAUGGUUGAAUUGGUUCAUCUUGUAAAUGGAUUUUACAGCUCUCUGAAUGUUGCUGUCAUAUUGACUGGUCUGGUGAUCUGGAAGGAUGAAGACCAGAUUGCUAUCACUACAACUCCGGGGGAGGUUUUGGGUAAUUUUGUAAGAUGGCGCGAUCGAGUCCUACUCCCUGAGAUGCAACAUGACAGUGGACAUCUGAUUCUAGGGAAAGCACAGUUCAGUGGAAUUCUAGGACUGGCCUUUGUAGGCACAGUUUGCUCUUCCAGACUUGGAGGUGGAAUCAAUGUUUUUGCAGGCAGUAACGUGGUAAAUGCUGCAGUACUUCUUGCUCACGAAUUAGGGCAUAACUUGGGCAUAAGUCACGAUGAUGGUCGAAGUUGUCAAUGUCCAGUCACUGGUGGCUGCAUCAUGUCCGCUUCUUUUACACUCUCUUCAAAUUUCACUGAUUGCAGUGAGAAUGACUUUGAAAACCUAAUUACGAGAGGACAAGGCUUAUGCCUUCAAAAUGAACCCAAUGAGGAAGAUCAAUAUACCUUGCCAUCUUGUGGCAAUAAUAUUGUGGAUGAGGAAGAGGAAGAGGAAUGUGACUGUGGAGCACCAGAGAAAUGUACCAAUCCCUGCUGCAAUGCACGUACUUGUAAACUAACAUCGGGAUCAGACUGUGCCCAUGGAAGGUGCUGUAGGGACUGCAAAUUCCACCCUGCAGGAACUUUAUGCAGAGCUGUAAGUGAUGUCUGUGACCUCCCAGAGUACUGCGAUGGCUCGUCAUCCUUUUGCCGGUCUGAUUUUUAUAUUCAGAAUGGUUAUCCCUGUGCAAACUUUACAACAUACUGCUAUGAAGGUGUAUGUCAGACCUACGACUACCAAUGUCAGAUUCUCUUUGGCCUUAGUUCACGGCGUGCCACAGAUAUAUGUUUUGAAUUUAUAAACAUGCAAGGGGACAGAUUUGGCAACUGUGGACUCCAAAAUUCAGGAUUCAAAAAAUGUUCUCGAGGCAACGUUGCGUGUGGUAAAAUUCAAUGUGUUGACGUGACAGAGAGACCCUUUGGUGUUGACACAAGCACUUCAUCUAUUGAUGGUGUUGCAUGUGUAAAUGCUGACUUCCAUGUGGGUACAGAUGUCACUGAUCCUUCUUAUGUGAACACAGGCACUGGCUGUGCCAAUGGCAAGGCCUGCAAAAACUUUGAAUGUGCAGAUGAUGCCAACCUGGGAUAUGAUUGUGAUGUGCAAGGGAAGUGCAAUAACCAUGGUGUUUGCAAUAAUAGGAAGAACUGCCAUUGUGAUGAUGGUUGGGCACCACCUAACUGUGCAACCCGUGGAUUUGGAGGAAGCAUAGAUAGCGGACCCACACGCAUAGAUACAUCACUUCGCGAUGGGUUGCUGAUAUUUUUCCUUUUGGUGGUCCCAGUCCUUGGUUUUGUUGGCAUGUUAAUUUUUUUCAAACGCAAUGCAAUUAUGCAAUUAUGGAGAAAGAGGAAUUCUUCACAAAGGACAACACAAAAGAGAAGACAGCAACCAAACCCAGACAAUCAGAAAAAUAAUACACCUAUUCCUACAACAAGGACAAAUGUCUAUGAGACUACUCCUCCACAGAGGCCAGGUGCAUCAACACCAAGUCACCAUAUUCCUGUUGUACUUCCUCAACGUCCUGCGCCUCUGAGACCUACUGCACCUCCCAGAGUCUAAACUUAGUCUUCAGCACUCAAUGAAAAUCCAGUAUCUUAAUAAACCAGUUCGGUAUUCCAAUAAA